AUGUCGCACAAUGUAGAGAAUUUCCAGAAGGAACCAUCAAUCAACACUAGUCUACAUGCCAGCUCUACUACCGAAAAGUCACCUGGAAGUCUGGAGUCCUCACAGACACGCGUUGUGGAUUUUGAUGACACCUUCUUACACCCACACGCCUGGUCUAAUCUCCAUCGAUGGUCGAUUCUAAUCCUCACUGUCGCCUUCACUACUCUAGUAAACAUUUCAACGACAAUCGUUGUUCCCUCUCUAAAUGUUAUCUCGGCCGAGUUGAAUAUGGACCCUUUAUCUGGAGGACCCAUGGUAAUGUCGUCUUACCCUCUUACUCUCGCGUUGGGUCCAUUAUUAGUGGCUCAAUUUAGUGAGCUCUGGGGCAGAGUUCGUAUCAUGCAGGCAGGAAAUAUUGUCUACAUGGGUUUUAGAUUGGCAUGUGGGCUUGCAACCAGUCGGGGUCAACUCCUUGCUUUCCGAUUGCUAGCUGGUCUUGGGAGUGGUGCAAUUCCAGUAGUUGCAAUUGGUAUGAUCAGUGACCUGUUCCCACUUGAGAAGCGUGGCCAGUCACUGGCCGUGAUGAACGUGGCUUUUAUUCUAGCAACCCCGAUUGGGGGUAUUGUUGGUGGGCUAACAACUUCUUCGUUAUCCUGGAGAUGGGAAUUCUAUGCGACCUCCAUUGCCUCGGCGGUGUUGAUCGCGUUGAGCUUUUUUAUCUAUCGGGAAUCAUAUCCCCCGGUACUCCUUCAGCGGAGAAAAAAGCAGCUCCUGAAAGAAGGCAACGGCCCGAGUUCUGGUGAUUUGAAAACACCAUAUGAUGACGAGCACCCCACGAUUGCAGCGUUGUACUACAAGACGCUGGUCCGACCUUUGAACUUCCUGGCAUCACAGCCUAUAAUUCAACUUCUUAGUAUUUACGUGUCCUUUGUCUACGGAAUGACCUACCUUGUUUUCGGUUCCUUUCCAGUUCUCUGGGAAGAGCACUACCACGAGCCAAAAACUAUUGCCUCGCUACACUUCAUCGCUCCUGGAAUUGGUUAUUUUGCCGGAAUCAUAAUUGCCAUGCUCUGUGCAGAUAGGAUCUAUCGGAUGCUGCAGCAGAAGUCCGACGAGAAAAAGCCGGAGUUCCGGCUGCCUCUUCUGAUGAUCAGCUCAAUCUUCUUACCUGGUGCACUCAUCUGGUAUGGAUGGUCUGCAGAAGCUCGCACUCACUGGGAAGUUCCCACGGUUGCUAUAUGCUUCUUGAUGUGCGGAUGCACAAUCGUAUUUCAGUGUGUCACUGCCUACUCCAUCGAUACCUUCCAUAUCUAUGCCGCGAGCGCAUCUGGUGCAUUGUACUUUGUGAGAGGCAUAUGUGCUUUCACUUUUCCUUUGUUUGGGCCCACUAUGUACGAGAAUAUAGGAUAUGGCUGGGGUAACACUCUGCUCGGACUACUGGCUCUAGCCAUUGGCGUUCCAGUCCCUCUGAUUCUGUGGAAAUAUGGUCCUCGGCUCCGACAACGAAGUACUUAUGCGAUGUCAUCUUAA